GAAGAUGCACACGACCCAGAAGGACACCACGUACACCAAGAUUUUCGUCGGGGGGCUACCCUACCACACCACCGAUGCCAGCCUGCGCAAGUACUUCGAGGUCUUCGGCGAGAUCGAGGAGGCAGUGGUCAUUACAGACCGGCAGACGGGCAAGUCCCGGGGCUAUGGAUUUGUCACCAUGGCUGACCGAGCUGCUGCUGAAAGGGCCUGCAAGGAUCCCAACCCCAUCAUUGAUGGCAGAAAGGCCAACGUGAAUCUGGCAUACUUGGGAGCAAAACCUAGGAUCAUGCAGCCAGGUUUUGCCUUUGGUGUUCAACAACUUCAUCCUGCCCUUAUACAAAGACCUUUUGGGAUACCUGCCCACUAUGUCUAUCCGCAGGCUUUUGUGCAGCCUGGAGUUGUAAUUCCUCAUGUCCAGCCGACAGCAGCUGCUGCCUCUACCACACCAUACAUUGAUUACACUGGAGCUGCUUACGCACAGUACUCAGCGGCAGCAGCUGCUGCUGCUGCCGCUGCUGCCUAUGACCAGUACCCCUAUGCAGCCUCUCCAGCUGCUGCAGGAUAUGUCACCGCUGGGGGCUAUGGUUACGCAGUCCAGCAGCCAAUCACCGCAGCGGCACCUGGGACAGCUGCAGCCGCUGCUGCAGCAGCUGCUGCUGCUGCAGCCUUUGGCCAGUAUCAGCCUCAGCAGCUGCAAACAGACCGAAUGCAAUAGGCCAGCCAUCUGAUCAAAGUUGAAUUGUUCUCUCUUCCCCCUCCCCCCCCCAAUUCUCCAAUUUUCAGUAGGUAAUGAGAGUGUUAACAUUGACUUAACGGCUUAAGGAAAAAAGAAAAAGAAAAAAAAAAUAGCUAUGCUAUUGCAAAGCAGAAUUUUUUUUUGAUACUGUAGUAGUGUUCCUGGGUGACCAAGAGGUGAGAAUGAGACGAGUAGGCGCCAAGUUUAGAAAUCAGUCCCAGAGACUCUGAGUCAACUGAAAGGCCGCCGCGAAUUGAUGGCAGGAGUAGCAGUGGAACUUCACUUUUAUAAUGGGGUUUUUAUUUUUGCUCUUUUUAUAGUAUCAGGGAAGCAAACUGCCUUUUACAAGUUAGGAAAUGCUGUUUGAAUCUAGUUGAACCAGGGAAUACAGAGUGAGCAAUAUAUAGCUUGAAUUACCUUUAAAAGUAGAUUUUUUAAACAAAGUGUUUGAAAGCACUGAUUGUCAUUUUUAGCAGUCACUAUGGCCUAUAGAACUUUUUCCAGUAAGAAGGUAAUGUUCUUACUAUCUCAAAAAUGGGCAUCGAACAAUCAAUCUAGGAGUGUGGCGGUGGGUGAAAUGGUGGACAGGCACCAAAGCUAUUUUCUCAUCUGUCCUCGGGAUGAGUGGAACUGUGGAGCAAGUGAUGUGGAAAUAAUGGGUGCAACAGCUGUACAGACAAUCAAUAACACACAGUUCUGGAAAGAACACAUCACUUGUGCUUGUUUGAUGAGCUUGUCACAUUCUAAUCCCUCUCCCCAUCCUGUUUCAAUUUUGGGAAACUUGUAUCUGCUGGUGUCAGCAAUUCUGAUUCUGAAAUAGGAUCAGGCAUUUACUACAACAGCCUUCUCUUUCUAUUUAUUGUGUCGACUCAUGGCUUACAAAUAAAGGCAGGCAAAGUUUGCAGACUCUAAAUCCUUAAGAACUGUCUUAAGGGCAUUUAUUUUUUUCCCCUUUUUAAAUAAUUUUACACUUUUAGUAUCUAUUUCAGAGUCAUAUUUAAAACUAUUUAUUAGUGAAUACAGUACAUGAGACAACAAGGUUACUGAGAUUACAAUUCUUCAAAGAUUAAUGAUGAUGUGGUUUAUACUGUGCCUUAAUAGUAAUGCUAUUUAAGAUAUUUAUUUUUAAGUUUUACUAUGCUGCACUCUAAAGAAAGGAACUUUAGAUGUGACACUGUAAAAUUAUGUAUUCAUCUCAUGGCAUAAAUUAUUUAGUAGGUCUAGAUGUAGCGUAUUAAAUAUUAACCUAUUCAAUGAAAGAUGUUGACUUGGAUUUAUUUAAAUUUAUAUGUGCACUGUAAAAGAGAGUACUCUUACAUUAACACAUUUUAGUUUAUUUUAGGUUUUUUAUAACAGGCUAUAUUGCUAGUUUCGUGCUUCCUUCUCUGAUUUUUGCUUGUGUAGAUCUCAUUUUUUGGUAACUCAUUAGUCUAACACUCUUCUUCUGUAGUUUUUAAAUGCUGCUUUACAUUUUUCUUCUGAAACUGCAAUACUUGCAAUUUUUAUUCUUAAACUAAAUUGAAUACUAUUUUACACUGUAUUGGAUUUUUAUACUUGAACAAUUUCAUACAAGGGAAGACAGGUUAGCAUUUUUAUGGACUUUUCUCCAUUAUCACUGGAUUGACUUUAAGUAUUCCCAUACUAGACAGUGUUAUAUAAUGUAGACAUGACUCUCCUGUGCAAAUUAUUUAUUCAUUGUGUAUAUUGCUUUAUAACAUUUCAGAUCUUCUAAUCUAUUCACUUGUAUUAAAUAUAAUUUUUAAAAA